CGAUGUAUCUCCGUGCCAUCCACACCGAACGCCACAUUCCCACUCUCCGCGGGUUUAUUCGCGCCAAUCCUUUGGGCAUCUUUACCACGGCAAUUGAUUCACCAUCCUUUCCGUUCCUUCAAUCCAGCCAUAUCCCGUUUAUCCUGGACGUGCAGGAUGAAAGCAGCGAAACAGAGCUCGGCAUACUGCGGGGUCACAUGGCACGAGCAAACCCUCAAGCCAAAGCUUUAGUGGAGCACCUGAAGUCCACGCAAGGCUCCGAAGACGACAACAAGAGCGGUUCCCCUCUGCAACUAUCCCGAGACGUCAUGAUCCUCUUCAACGGUCCUAUGGAUCACUACAUCACGCCAAAGUUCUACACUGAAUCAAAGCCGGCAACGGGCAAGGUUGUGCCAACAUGGAACUACUCUGCCGUGCAAGCUUACGGGAAAAUCACUGUCUACUUUGAUAGCAAGGCGCCUUCUACCGAUUCCUUUCUUUCGAAACAAGUCGCCGAGUUCACGCACCAAUCCGAGACGCAGAUCAUGGGGUACGAAAAGCCUUGGAAAGUAGACGAUGCACCUCCUCCAUACAUCGACGCGUUGAAGAAGGCCAUAAUCGGGAUCGAGAUUGAGAUAAAGGAUAUGGCGGGGAAGUGGAAGAUGAGUCAGGAGAUGACUGCAGGUGAUCGUCAAGGUAUCGCGAACGGAUUUGAUAAUCUUGGUACGGAGGAAGGAAAGCAGAUGGCGGAGACAGUUAGGGAGAGAGGUAGUCUCUAGGUAUCAGAACACGGAUGGUUGAUCGGACGGCGCUGGAUGCAGAUAGUUGGUCAAGAUCUCACGUUGUCACGAUGCUAAGGGCUAAAGUAGAAGAGUUUAUCUAUGAAUGCGGCACUAACGCGAG